AUGACGUGCAAUGGGAUGGCUUUCUUCCCAGCAAAUAAUUUCAUGCUCCAAAGCUCUCAUGAAGAUGAUCAUCAACCUCCCACUUCUCUGAAUCCAAUUCUACCCACUUGUGGACCCCGAGACUUUCAUGGGGUGGCAUCAUUUCUAGGGAAGAGAUCAUCAAUGUCAUUUUCAGGGAUUGAUGUAUGUCAUGAAGAAGGUAAUGGAGAGGAUGAGUUGUCUGAUGAUGGCUCGCAAGCAGGAGAAAAGAAGAGGAGGCUCAAUAUGGAACAAGUCAAGACACUUGAAAAAAACUUUGAGUUGGGUAACAAGCUUGAACCUGAGAGAAAAAUGCAACUGGCUAGAGCUCUUGGUCUUCAACCAAGACAGAUUGCUAUAUGGUUCCAAAACAGGAGGGCCAGAUGGAAAACAAAACAACUAGAGAAAGAUUAUGAUCUCCUGAAGAGACAGUUUGAUGCUAUUAAAGCUGAAAAUGAUGCACUACAAGCUCAGAACCAGAAACUUCAUGUGGAGAUAUUGGCACUGAAAAGCAGAGAACCGACUGAAUCCAUCAACCUCAACAAAGAAACUGAGGGUUCUUGCAGUAAUAGAAGUGAAAACAGCUCUGAAAUCAAGUUGGAUAUCUCAAGGACGCCAGCUAUUGAUAGCGCUUUAUCUAAUCAUCAUCCAACAAGCAGACCUCUUUUUCCGUCAUCAUCUACGAGGCCUACAGGUGUUGCACAACUCUUCCAAACAAAUUCUUCAAGGCCUGAUAUUCAAUGCCAGAAGAUUGAUCCAAUAGUCAAAGAAGAAAAUCUUAGCAAUAUGUUCUGUAGCAUGGACGAUCAAUCUGGAUUUUGGCCCUGGCUCGAGCAACAACAUUUCAAUUAA